AUAUAUCGUAAAUAACAAUUUUUCAAAAAUAAAUAUGUAUUUUGUUGUAUAGUAAACUUUAUAUUUUUAUUAUUAUAUUGCCUAAUUAUUGAAAUGUAGAUAUUAUUACCGUAAUUUAAAAUGUGGAUAUAUUCAUUGAUUAACACAUAAGUGUUUCUAUGGAGAUAGUUUUCUUAUGCUAUAUAUGUAUGUGUAUAUUUCUGUUAUCAAUAUAUUUGGUGCUAUAUUAAGGAAGAGUUAUAAAUUAUAAUCUUUAUAAUUACAAUUCAGGAAGCAUUAAUUUUAUUACAUAAUUACAAUGGCAACAUCAGUUAAAGAGCGUAUUAUUCUUGCUGUAGAUACUCUUGUCAAAUAUGACAAUCCUACUUUGGUUACAACUCAUCCAGAAAAGAUACGUAAAGAGUUAAUGUUGGGUAAAGUAAGUACUACUACUUGUAAAGUUCAAACAACCCCUCCUACAGCUGAUGUACGUCUUGAAACUGUUGAAAUUUUAAAUGGAAUUUUACCACCUAAAGAAUGGGAAGAAGAUGGACAAAUAUGGACACAGUUUCAAGUACUCCUGCUACAAGAUUGGAUGUUAUUAAUCUACAAGAACAACUUGAUAUGAAAUUGCAACAGCGACAAGCAAGAGAAACUGGAAUUUGUCCUGUACGCAGAGAACUUUAUACACAAUGUUUCGAUGAAUUGAUACGACAAGUUACUAUAAAUUGUGCAGAACGUGGUUUGCUAUUACUUAGAGUAAGAGAUGAAAUCAAAAUGACUUUGGCUGCUUAUCAAACUCUAUAUCAAAGUAGUAUUGCAUUUGGAAUGCGUAAAGCUCUUCAGGCUGAGCAAGGUAAAGAGGAUUUAGUUGCAAUAGCGGAUGAAUUACGCCAACAAAAAACAGAAUUAGAAAAUGCACUCACAGAAUUGAGGCACAAAUUCGAUUUAGCAGAAAAAAGAUCUGCGGAAUUAAAAGAAGCAGAAGAAAAAAAAUACACAGAAGAAAUUCAAUUUCUUAAAAAAACGAAUUUGCAAUUGAAGGUAAUUGAAUAUCUUAUAUUGCAUAUUUUAUAUAUUUAUUAUAUUAUGUUAUCUUUUUUAGACUCAAUUGGAAGGUAUUAUAGCGCCAAAAAAAUAAAUAAUAACUAUACAAAGAACAAAUCAUUUUUUAUCUGUUAUAAUCAAUGCAAUAUGAUUUAAAUAUUAAUAAGGUAAGAUACAAAUAGGAACAUAAAAUAAUGGGUAUAUAUAUUAGAUUUAAUGAUAUAUUAUGAAAUGAAAUAUAAUUAAUUAAAGAAAAAUAUAUAUAGUGCACUUUUUUCACGAAAUGGUUGAUAACUGAUUUGUUUCAUUGAAGAUAUUGUGGGAUAAUAUAUUUUUAAAUAUAAAUAUUUAAAAUAAGAUAAUUGUUUAUAUUAUGAUAAAUACAAGUCAUUUCUUGAUAGAUUUUAUCAUUUUUAAUACUGUGUUUACAAAUUCAUUU